AUGGCAGUGUACCUGCAGCAAUGGCAACAGAUCGAAGGGCAUAUGGACGAGCAAUUCAUCCUUGCGUUCAACCGCUUCCGAGGUGCGAACCAAGACUUCGUGGGAAUUGACCAGUUUGUCAAGAUCGUGACGACUGUGACGCGGCAUGGCGUCAGUGUACGGGACUGCCGCCUCAUCUUCUACGACACGGGCAAGGAAAUGAUCGACCUCAACACGAUCCUUCGACUCAUGCAAGAGUACGACCUGCGCAUCUCCCUCUCGCAUCCCAAGGUCAUGCUCGACGAAGCCGACUUUGACUGCAUCCGGCAAUGCCUGGGCGUAUCCAGCGUCCUGUCCUUCGAAGACGAAUUCAAGCAGCUCGUGGCAUGUUGGACUGAGGUGAAACCGAAGAUUGACAAGCAGAUGGCGUCGUUGCAUCAGACCGAUGAGACCAAACGAGACCUGGCAUACCAUCUCCAAGCGGUGGAGGACUCCCUCGCGUACCUUCGGUCGGGCAUCGACACACCAUCCAUGAACUCUACGUGGGAAACCUUCCGCAGUUCCAUCGCCAGUUUGCAAGCAGCUGUAAACGCCCAGCGGAGCUUCAGCAUCCUGUACGUACAAUGCCACGUGCGAAAAUGGGUGUCCAAGCUCAAGCGGCGCAAGUCGGAGCGGCGAUCGUUGAUGCUUCAAUGA